AAUCCCCCUUUGUUUCUCCAAUACAGAACACAACUUUGUUUCACCGAAGACAUGUCGUCUAAUCACCGAAGACACUUCGCCGACCCACAUAUGCUUUUGGAGACGCCAUACAACAACACACCCACCCACAUAUGCGACAUCUGCCGAUCGAAACUCGCCGGCCUCAUCGGCUACCGCUGCAACGCCUGCGACUUCGGUGUCCACGAGGCGUGCGCCGAUUACUUCAAGGAGACCAUCUCCUUCUUCGCGCAUCCGUGGCACACCCUCACGCUAAGUCGCAUGCCCGUUGACUGCGUUGGAUGGACGUGCGACCUCUGCACGGAGGGAUGCCCCCCUGGAAGCUUGGUGUACCGCUGCAUCCAGUGUGGCUUCGAAGUGCAUCCUCUCUGCACGAUGCUGCCGCAGACGAUUCGUAGCCCUCUCCACCCAGAGCACGACCUCCACAUGGUCCCGUCAAAUGGGUCCUGCAAGGCCUGUCACGAAGUUUUACCCAUGUGGCACUACCGUUGUGGCUUUUGUUUGUUCAAUCUACACAUCGCGUGUGUCUCCGGCACGCCCAGCGGUGGCGCCCAAAGUAAUAGUAGCAGCGGCCAAAGUAGCACCACCAUUGGCGCCCAAAAUAAUAGUAUCAGCGGCCAAAGUAGCACCACCACUGGCGCCGCGCAGAGCAUCAGUGCUGCAGGCCAAAUUACCAGCAGUGGCGAGAGCAUUGUCGUGAGACCGAGCCGCAGUAAUCGCGUCGCCAAGUUUCUUCUCAAGACAUGCUUCCAUCUCGCGAUCGACGUAGCAACCGGCGGCUUGGCAUCGCCGGUGCUCCAAGUCCUCGCAUUGGCCAUGAAUUGAUUACCACGUCAUAGCCGGUAUCCGACCGUCCUGCGACCCAUGCUCAGCCAGCUGCCGAGCUACACGGUGUGUAUGAGCGUCCUGUCGAUGUCUCGAUGAUCGGUAUGUAUCAGCCAUGUCCUUUGCCUUGUGUAAAUUUCUUCUUCCAGCGUGUACUUGUCCUCAAUAAGCGCACAUACUGUGGUUUGAUCGACAGUUUGUAGCCAACUGUGU